AUGGAAGACUUUCCUUAUAAAAAUCUCGAAGAAUUUGUCGAGAAAUUGCCACCGGUUGAUAUUAGCGACCUCCAAGGAUUGGAUGGUAAGUUCGUCUUUCAGUUUUUUCGUCGGAGUUCGCACAUUUUCCUUAUGUAUUGACAGUCAAUCUCUUAUUACAAAUAUAAUAUUAUUUUUCAGUGAAGGCGUUAAAAGUAAUUUUUAACGAGCUUAUGACGAAAUUUCGCGAUUUGAUCCAUGUUUUCAAGUUUGAAAGCAAAAAAUGUUUGGAUUUCGUUAAGGAAACGGAUGAUUUGAGGAAGGAGUUGGAAGAACGGGAAGAGGUACGUUGUAAGUGAAAAAUAGAAAGAAAUAAAACUUUUCAUUGCCAAAAUUCGCAAAACUAUGAGAUAUUUUUUCAAAUUUCGAUCUAAAAAUCUCAGUGAUUUUGAGCUCGGAACAACCGAAAAACGACUGAAAAAAAUGAACUCCAAGAAUAAAUCCAAUAACUGUAUAUGACACUUACCUAUGUACAACAUAUUUGGUAUCACACAAAAUGGGGUUGUCAGAGGGUUCAGAGAAAAAAAGAAUUUUAAGAUUCGGCCAAAAACUAAAGAAGUUAUAGCCAAUUCAAAUCGGGCCACAAAGAUGCCCCACCCUGUAUUAGAAAAAUGACUCUACCUUUAUGCCAAAUUUCAUCAAAUUCUGAGCGUUGCACUUCGAGCACUUCCGCUGUUACUACCAUUCGUGUCAUAAAGCCAUAGAAUUUUUUCGGCAUCGUCGCGGAGUGCGCUCGCUUAAAAAGCCCAAAAAAUCCAUUCACACGGCGCAGACAGCGCACAAAUUGCACAUUGCAAGAUUAAAUGUUGUUUUCUCACAGUGCUCCUUGCGGAUUUUAGUCCAGCGACUUUGUGGACGACUACUGGUAUAAGUAGUAUCAGUCUGUCGGGAAAAUAAUGAGCACUUGAUACUCUCCGCCGAUUGCGUCGCUGAAGUGAAAAGCAUUUUGAUUUUCUCCGCGACACAAUUCAUUUUCUCGGCUACGAUGCGAUUUUCGAUGCGACAGAAUGCUCAUUAUUUUCCCGACAGACUGAUAGUUAAAAAGGCUUCUUAUUCUUCAAUCUUCUUUCAGCGUCUCCGCGAACGCGAACAACGGCUGGAAGACGGUCGAUUUCUCGCCGAAUACCGCGAAGAGCAAGUCUCGGAGGUCCAAGAAGUUUAUCGGAUUGAAAUCGCGCCCUCCGCGCCUCCGAUUGACUACGUUCCGGUGGUGAAAAUUCAAACCAAUCCCACGCCGAAACGAGAUGAGACAGUCGAGGAUGGGCUGGUCUCUCAGAAGAUCAUGAAGAAUGAUGAGGCGCUCAGCUCGUUGAUCAACAAUAUUGAGGUGUUGCGGAAGCUGAUUAUUCAUUACGAAGAGAAAAUUAAGAUUGCAAGGGAGACGUUGCAGAGGGUCGAAGUGAAUCUUCAGAUGGUCAAGGAGCAGGAACAGGUGAGAAAGCGGAAGUUUUGAAUAGGAAAUGACAAAAAUGGCGAGGAAUUGGCAUAAAAACCGUUCUUAAAGCAAUUUUUGAUGCGAUAGAAAAGGCUUUCAAGGUAAUACCGUGCUCGCAAAGGAAGUACUAUCAGUCCGUCGGGAAAAUAAUGUGGAUUCGUCGCGCCUUGAAAUCGUCUCUCGUCGCUUUGCGACGCCCUACGAUGUCUGGUGAUUUGGUGCGCUACUCCCACAUGGCAAGAUAUUUUGCUGCAAAGAAUUCACAUUAUUUUCCCGAAAGUACUACCCGUCUGUCGGGAAAAUAAUGGGCGCAAUGUGGCUGCGGCUCGCUGAAGUGAAAAGCAAUUUGAUGUCCUCCGCGACACAAUUCAUUUUCUCGGUGGCAAUGCGAUUUUCGAUGCGACAGAGUGCUCAUUAUUUUCCCGACAGACUGGAUAUCACAACAACGGAGUGUUCAUUACUUUCCCGACAGACUGAAGCAAGAAUAUCAUGCGCACAAGGAGAGUUGCAAGAGUCAGAUUGUCACUAAAUUUUGCGCACAUUGUCGGGCGUAUAAUACACAUAAACUUCGUAUAAAAUCUUAGCUCGCGCUUUUCGGGGGCAGUCGAGAUAUUCAACGUGCGCUUUUCGCGAGAGUACGUAAAAUGAAGCAAGCGAACGGAGAAGUUUUUUAACACUGCAACUUCUUGAAGUCACUAGGGAAAUGCAACCCUCUUUUUGGGAGAAAUAGGUAUAAAACUUUUCAUGCCAAAGUUUUCUCAUCCUCAGAUGCAAUACAAUCAAAAUAAUACCCUGUUUUUUCCAGAUUCUUGCGGAAAAAGAAGAAGAGCUUGCCCGAAGAGAGCGAGAAGCCAUCGCAGAGUCCGUGAAUCGGUCGUUUAUUGGGGCCUAA